GGCAAGAAGUCCUAGGUUUUAUAUACCCCGAUACCUUAUCCCCGCCUCUCAUUUGUCAGCAGAACUCGAGACCCCUCCAUGACGAAUUCUGAUACCAUACCGCGCUGCGGAAUCGAGAUAUAAAUCGCGACGGCGAACCUCCACAAUUUCUCUACAACCCAAGUCGCCACCCAAGAAUAGCACAGCGACUUCGAAUCCAACACCAUAAUCCAUUCCCCGCGACUCUAUUCGAACCCACGCAAUACCAAUCCACACUGCGUCUCGCACCCCGCCUUCUCCCGCGCAAUCCUCAUUGCUAGGUAGCCAGCCAUGGCAUCCGCAUUACCAUCUUUCAUCUCGCGGCUCAUCCGCCCCUUCAGCAACUCCACCAGCCUGGGCCUGAGCCCCGGCGGGCCGGUAUCCGUGCCCGAGGGCGCCGCCAAGGCCACCGUGGCCGCGGGCUGCUUCUGGGGCGUUGAGCACAUGUACCGCAAGGAGUUCCAAGGCAAAGGGCUCUACGAUGCGCGCGUUGGGUAUAUCGGAGGCGAUGCCAAGAACCCGAAUUAUCGCCUUGUAUGCUCAGGGCGGACUGGACAUGCUGAAGCGCUGCAAGUCUUGUAUGACCCCGAGAAACUCACGUAUAGACAACUCCUUGAAUUCUUCUACCGCAUGCACGAUCCAACGACAACCAACCAGCAGGGCCCAGAUAUCGGCACGCAGUACCGAUCAGGGAUCUUCUACCACGACGCGGAGCAGGAGAAGAUCGCGCGCGAGGUGACCCAGAAGGCGAACGAGAAGUGGUGGAAGGGGAAGAUCGUCACCGAGAUCCUGCCUGCGGGUGAGUGGUGGGAUGCUGAGGAUUACCAUCAGAGAUACUUGGAGGUCAAUGUCAAUGGCUAUGAAUGCCCAAGCCAUUUCUUGAGAUCGUUUCCGCCCCUUGAUUAAGGGGAAUGUCGGAGAGUACGUGUGGUAAGUGGAGAUGGGAUGGGAUUGAGAGAUAGGUUUCGAGUAGCGGAAAACGAGGUAUUAGUGUUGCGUACCGCUUGGUAGCAAUAGCAGCGGCGGGUUUGAAAAGUGAAAUACAUGUAAAUGAUGUUAGAGAUAUCCAAAUCGCGAGGUUGAAUUGAGAGUUGGGAUAUACUUCUACGGAGGUUUCAAUACUUGUUAGAGAAAUAAUGCUGACGGGUUCACUAAAAGUCUGAGUGAGGUUUACAUCUCUUCUUGGAAGUAGGUUUGUAGUACGUAUUGUUGGAUUCGACGG